AUGCCAUCCCCGACAAAGGCAAUCGCGCUGAAUAUCACAAAUCGCGAUGAGGUCAUGGCCACAGUCCUUCUCGCUCAUCAUGUGGUGGUGUACGUUGAGGAUAAUAUGACGAUGUUGAUGGUGGAAGACGACACCAAGGUCAAGGUUCCCGACAAGUGUGUCGAUCUCAUCAAAGUCGUAGUCCAUCAGCUACAGCUGUAUCAACGUACCACCAGCGCUCUGAUGAAGAUUCCUCAAUCAUCCAUCGAGGAUUGGCAAAUCCAGUUUUACUUAGCUCUCACCGCGUACACCGCUGAAGUCAUCACCGCAUUCGCUCGUGAGGUGAAGGAUGAUGCGGUCAAGGCCACAAACUCUAAAUGGCGAUCUGCAUAUCUCGACUAUCACAUUGCCCUGUUGUUACAGAACAGCGCGUUCACCAAGGAACAUCAGACAAUUGCGGUAAAAAAGAUGAAGCGAUCAUGGAUUCACUUCCAAGAGAAGAAGGUUUACAAGCCGAUCGAAUCACUGACACAUCAAGGGCUUCACCAGAUCUUGUGCGUCGAUGGAGACGAUUCGUGCGGGGGUCCCUUUGAGCACAAGCGCUCGAUUGAUGAGAUGAUCGAGGACGUGAUUACGAAGAUAAAUGCCAGCAACACCAUCAACAAGGAUGCCGAGAAGCCUUUUGAAGUGCGUAUAACACAACGGCCUCAGGUCAAAGCCACUGCAAAACCUGCUGUCGUUGGAGGUGAUACAUCAUCUGUUCAGCGUGGAAAGAAGUCGAACUUAUUUGACAAGCGUGGACGUCGCAAGGAAAACGCGAAAGUGGCUGGGACGGGGAAACUUAGGUCGGAGUUGCAGUCAGAAGAUGAGGAGAGCAACAGCGAACGCCUUGCCAAUGAUUUCGAACGACAGGAAGACGCGAAAAAGUCACCUAAGCCUCGCAAGACAAUCCAUAAAUCACCAUCCUCGAAAGCCUCCGGGAAGGGAAAAGCUGAGGCACAAAUAUUGGUGGCGGACUCCGGGGAUGAGGCAUCAGAUGCUUCAAGUGGGAUGAUGAAGUUAGAGCCAUUUACUGGCAACGAGGAUUUCUGGUCAAUGGGAGGGCCGGAAAGUGACGAUGAUCAUUCUGAUGAUCUGCUCUCUUCAUCCACUGACCAGGCUAGAGAGGAGAUUUGGGCAAGGGAAGAACGCCCUAUCAGAUCGCGGAUGCGGCCAUUCAAAAGCGGGGGUCAUGAUGAUACCCCGCUCCCUCCUACGCUAGCUGACUGGGACGAUUGGCACAAGAUUGCAUUCGAGCAGGGAACCUCGGAAGUCUUUCUCAAGCUUGCGACCUGGAUGCUCCUUCGAUUUCGCCAGCUGUCAAAGAUAGACAUCGACGCUGAUGUGAAUGGUGUUAUCAUUCCAUCGGACCCACGGACGAUGCGAUUUCCGGAUGGAGAUGAGUUUCUUGAAGCCCUAGGCAUGGAACGUCUGUAUUCUGCGAUCGUGCACAUGGAAGCACGCCCUGCCUACCUCAGCCACAUCUUUCAUGCACUGGGGGCGGUAGCCGACGACACAGAUAUCGGGAGUACUCACCCAGCAAUGUCGCCCACCUGCUCGCCACCAGCGGUGAGACGAAGCAUGAUGUUCGACCAACGAUUUCCCUGGUUAUCCGUGGCGGGCGAAGAUGACGAAGUCUCAGAUGCAUUACAGGCAAUGGACAUUGAUGAUGACGACGCGCAUGUGGACGUCGGACGGAAAGGGGGUGUAGCGAUGUCUGUGAAGCGCAAGCGAACAUCAUCACAUACUUCACCGCUGAAGACGGAGAGCGGUCGACGGCCUUCCAAACGUCCAAAGGACGAUAUACCCGAUCAGGUGCACGAUGCACACGCCGACAGUGUUGCGCUCAACGCAUCCGAUGACGUUGAUCGCACCUCCACAGAAGCCGCAACCGCGAAUCCUUCAUUGCCGCAGGAAUCCGUUUCAUCCGGGGGCGCAAUUCCAAGUCAACAGCUUCAGGACGAAACAUCUGAAGAUCACGAGGCAUCAGUUGAUGCUGUAGUCUCUGAACCAGUGGCGAUGAUGACGAUGCAAGACAUCACCCCAUCGGAGACGACAAUCGAUAACUCAGAUGCCUGGCUGACCAAUAUGACUCGCGCCCGUGCUUGA